AUGCUUCACAUCACUGGCGCGUCCACUGGCCUCGAUCGCGCACUCACCGAGAUCAUCUUUGAGAAGGGCGACACAGCGGUGAGUCGUCUCUCAACCCUCAAGCUGGACGUCAGCAAACCGCGAGAGAUCAUCGACGCCUUUGCUGCCGCUAAGGAGAAGUUCGGCCGCAUUGACGUCGUCGCGAACAAUGCUGGACGACGUUCGUUUGGAGAAGAAGCCAUAGAGGAUGCAGAUGCGCACGACGUGAUGGAGACGAACUUCUGGGGAGCAGCGAACGUCUUGCGCGAGGCCGUGAGGUUCUUUUGCGAGGUCAACCCAAUGGGAGUAGGCGGAAGGCUUCUCCAGAUGGGUUCGGGCGCAGGAUUGCAAGGCCUUGGAGCAAUGGCAUAUUAUUCAGCGAGCAAGUUCGCAUUGGAGGGAUUUAGCGAAGGCCUUGCGAGUGAACUCGAUCUCGCAUGGAAUCCCAAGAUAAUAAGAUAA